AGGGUCAGCGCUCGACCCCCGCGGGCCGGCUUCGGGGAAGGGGGGGGGCUCACGUUCCCCUCUGGGUCGGCCCGGGUCCGCGGACGGGGGCUGACAAAGAACUGAAGGGGGGAGCUGGCGGAGACCGACGGUGGAAGGGCUGGGGGGAAGGCGGGGGGAAGCAGGCAGGCAGGCAGGCAGGCAGGCAGGCACUUGGUGCGCGCGGACACUCCCCCCCCGCCCCCAGGUCAACUCCAGCCCGACUUUGCAAAGCAUCUCCGAGAGGAAGAGUUGGGGUCUCCGCCACCCCCACCCCCCGCCGCCGCCCCUCCUCCUUCCCGAAGUUGCUGGCUGAGCUCCGGCUGCCGCCGAGACCCUCGGAGUUCUGGGGCGCUCGCUUACUCCCGCGAAAGCCUGCAGGGGCUUCUGUACGCUGGAACGGGCGAUAUCUGAGCCACAGAGACCCCAGCUCCAGACAGUCCAGUGGCCAGACUCCCCAAUGCCGAGAUCCUGGGAGAAUUAUGGAUUUGACUAAAAUGGGUCUGAUACAGCUCCAGAACCCCAGCCACGCCACGGGUCUCCUGCAGAAAGCCAACCAAAUGCGCCUGGCAGGGACCUUGUGCGACGUGGUCAUUCUGGUGGACAGCCAAGAGUUCCACGCUCACCGGACCGUGUUGGCUUGCACGAGUAAGAUGUUCGAAAUCCUGUUCCACCGCAACAGUCAACAUUACACCUUGGACUUCCUCUCACCAAAGACUUUCCAGCAGAUCCUGGAGUAUGCCUACACCGCCACCUUGCAGGCGAAAGUGGAGGACUUGGAUGACCUGCUCUACGCUGCUGAGAUCCUCGAGAUUGAAUACCUGGAAGAGCAGUGCUUGAAGAUCUUGGAGACCAUCCAGGCUUCCGAAGACAACGAUGCCGAGGCCAACAUGGCCGACGGCGGGGCCGAAGAGGAGGAAGACCGGAAGUCAAAACUGGUGAAGAAUAUCCUCAUCUCAAAACAUUCCAGUGAAGAGAGCGGCUACUCCAGUCUGGCCGGCCAGAGCUUGACCGGGAUGAUGGUGGAGCAGAGCCCUUCCAUGUCAACCUCGUUCGGCCUGUCCGUCAUGAGUCCCACCAAGGCGGCGGUCGAUAGCUUGAUGUCCAUCGGCCAGUCGUUACUGCAAGGAGCUUUGCAGCAGAACAUCCCUGAGGACUCACGGGCGGCCAAUGGCCGGCGCAUGAGCAUGUCCGAAGUGAAAACUGAAGCCAUGCAGGUGGAAGAGGCCUCCGGCCACGAGAGCGCCGGGACGGCUGACUUGAGCGCUUCCGGCGGGGACAAGGCGGAGGACAAAGGCAAGCAAGGACCCGGCACCCCGACGCGCAGCAGUGUCAUCACUAGUGCCCGUGAGCUUCAUUAUGCCCGGGACGAGAAUGUGGAGCAGCUCCCCGAGGGUGUCCCGGUUGGGCCGGAGCUGAUGGUCUCUCACGGCGAGAAGCCGAUGGGCCUGUACACGGGCCUCCCGAACCACAAGAGUGACUCUGUGCUCAGCAUUCCUUCCUCCAUGGCGCCCGCCUUGCACAUGCAGCCGGCCCUGGCGGUUUCCAUGGACUUCAGUGCCUAUGGGGGUCUCCUGCCCCAAGGCUUCAUUCAGAGGGAGCUGUUCAGCAAGCUGGGGGAACUGGCUGUGGGGAUAAAAACCGAGGCCCGAGCCCUGGUUGAGCAGUGCAGCGUCUGCGGGGCGGAACUGCCGGACAACGAGACGGUGGAACAACACAGAAAGCUGCACAGUGGAAUGAAGACAUACGGGUGCGAAUUAUGCGGGAAAAGGUUCCUGGACAGCCUGCGCCUCCGAAUGCACUUAUUGGCUCAUUCAGCGGGUGCCAAAGCCUUUGUAUGUGACCACUGUGGUGCACAGUUCUCUAAAGAAGAUGCCCUGGAGAGUCACCGGCAAACACACACUGGCUCUGACAUGGCUGUCUUCUGCCUCCUCUGCGGGAAGCGGUUCCAGACUCAAACUGCUCUGCAGCAACACAUGGAAGUCCAUGCAGGCGUGCGCAGCUACAUCUGCAGCGAGUGUAACCGCACCUUCCCCAGCCACACGGCACUCAAGAGGCACCUGCGUUCCCACACAGGCGACCAUCCUUACGAGUGCGAAUUCUGUGGCAGCUGUUUCCGGGACGAGAGCACUUUGAAAGGCCACAAACGCAUCCACACUGGAGAGAAGCCCUACGAGUGCAACGGCUGUGGGAAGAAGUUCAGCCUCAAGCACCAGCUGGAGACCCACUACAGGGUCCACACAGGCGAGAAGCCGUUCGAAUGCAAGCUGUGCCACCAGCGAUCCCGAGAUUACUCCGCCAUGAUCAAGCACCUCAGGACCCACAACGGAGCUUCGCCGUACCAGUGCACCAUCUGCCUGGAGUACUGCCCCAGCCUUUCCGCCAUGCAGAAACACAUGAAGGGCCACAAGCCGGAGGAGAUCCCCACCGACUGGAGGAUAGAGAAGACCUAUCUGUACCUUUGCUAUGUCUAAAGGAAGAGACGGGAGGAGUUACAGAGGGAUGGCGGACUGGGCAGAACCCCUGGAUCAGCCGCGGCUCCUUCUUCUCUGCUUUCCCUUCUCUCCUCUCCUUUUUGCCGUCUGGUUUCUCGUCCCCUGGGGUUUGGUUCUCUUUUUUCUGGCUUGCUGGCGCAGUGGGGAGAGGGGAGGGGGAAGAAGAAGGGCCCAGGAGACGAAAUAAACCUGAGUCCAGGCCUGGCCCUUGGCUUCGGUGGUCCCACUUGAGUUUUAUGUCCCCCAUGUAAUUGACAGUUAUAUCGUUCAAGGUCCCACCUGUGGGGCUAGUUUUCCAUCCUGUUUUACUGUCAUGUCCCCCAACCAAGGAAUGAUGGGUCAUGUGGUAUUGCUAAGGGGCUCAGGGCCCUCAUUAGAGCUGUCUUGCCCGUUCCCAUGAGCCACCCGUGCACAAGGACAGGGAAAUAAAUGCCUGUGUGAAAAGCUCCAUUUUACAGGGGGAAUAAUCUCUGAACGUGAGCCUUCUUGGGCAUUCCUUUUUGGGUGUCAGGCAUGUCCAUUUCAGUCCCCCCCCCCCACAAAACCUGUUAGAUACCCCGUGCCUGAGCACUCUGGCUUCCCCACCUGUCCUCUUAGGUAGGUCCCAAGCUGGGCGGUGUGACGACGGCUGUUGAGCAGAGAGGAGUGGCUCAGCAGAUGUUGUGCUAUGGAAGAUGCUGGGGUAGAAUUUGCAGAUUACUUCCAGAGCACGUGACCCUGGCGCGCUGCAACUCUGCAGUGCUCUUGAGCUGUACUUCUAGGGCAGUAGUGAAGUCAGGAGGGGUGAGAGGAAGUAGUGCAAAUAUCUUUGAGUUGUCUUUCGGCGGGCAUGGGGAUGGUCCGCUCCACAGUGUGGGGAGAGCCUGCCCCCCCCCACUGUCACUUCCCACCAGAGACGUGGGGGGGAGGAAUGGUGCCCAGGGCAACACCUGCUCCAGGUAUCCCCCGCACCUCACUUACCUUAGCCGUGCCGGAGUUGUUGCUGGAAAGUCAGCCUCGGCUCAGUUUCAAGAAGCUGCUCCUUCGUCCAGCGGAGCCUCCGCCGGUCGAAGGAGCAGCCUGGAGGGUUAGGGCCGAGGGGACGGGCCCCACAUGUGACCAGCUGGCCUGCGCCUGGGGACAGGUGACCCCACAGGUCCCUGUGAGUGCUCUGCCUAUGCUUCCUGCCCUUCUGAUUAGGGGCUGAAGCUUGCUACCAAGGCAAAAACUGGUCCCCCACCCACUGCAGAACAGGAUCCAGGCCACCCUGCAGUUACAGUAACUUGCAACUCACCUGUAGACAUUCCCCCUCAGCAGCAACCUUUUUUUCCCCCAACCAAAGACCCUUCUAUGCAUUUUUUUAAAAGUGAAGGCGGGAACAGGAUAUGUGUGAGACAAACCAGUUAGGGACGGUGUCACUUUGCCCAUCUGUUCAGACUGUGGGUCAGCCAUCUCAGAAAAGGAGUUCCAGACCAGCGUGUCCAAGCAAGAGAUGAGGGUUUGUAGACACAGGGGCCCUGACCCAGUGGUCUGCUUCACAGGAGGCCUUCACCCAUUUGAAAACCCCACUUUCAAGGGCUUCCCAUUUAUUUCCCUGGGAGAUCCCAGCCACAUUCCUCUCGGCAUACCAGACUCUCCCUCCGUUGAACCUCAAGGGGCGGGCCAGGGCCACGGCACCUGGAUCAGGGUGACUGAUAGCCACUGACUCAUUAGGACAGGUGGAAUGCCCUGGCAUGUGACUGUGGCACGUGACUGUUCUCGUGCUUGCAGGUUUUUGCCUUCUGUCAGCAGUAACUAGGUCCAGUUGUGCCACAGGAUGUGCUUCACAGAAGUGGUGGCAUGCACGUUGCAACGUGCAGGACUGCUUGCAGUCUGAACACACUAGCACCCGUGCAUGGGGAGUCCAUCCUAGGACUACAGGUGCAUUACAGGUGCACACAAACCCUGCCCUGUCCUUCUGGGUCCCCAGGGCCAGACCUCAAACCACACCACAUGAGGUAGUCUAGGUGCCAAGGGAGCAGCCCAGGCAGUGCCAAGGGAGUGUUGGGUUCUUUGCACCUUGUGUUAUUUCCAGGGGUCAGAAACUAGAUUUCUCUGCCUCAACAGGCCAGGCAAAAAGUACUUGUUAACUGGAGGGAUUUGGCCCACUGCUGUGUCCAGGAGUGGGAAAGAGACCCGAUCAUGUGUGUGGGGUUUUUUUUAGCAGUCUCCCCCUUCUUCCCUGGAGCCAUCGUGGAGUGAUCUCUCUCUCUCUCUCUCUCUCUCUCUCUCUCUCUCUCUCUCUCUCUCUCUCAUAUGCACACACUCACCUAUUUUCCAGCUCAGCCUGGAUCCUAAUCCAAGCCACCUGUAUUGUCCCCCUGGUCUUGACAACUGGCCAAAUCUUCCCUACUUGGGUGUCACUUCCUCUUCUAAGGCGUGUGACGUACAUGGGCCGCCUGGUCGUCCUGCGCAGCCCUCGGUGGAGGAAUGCACUGUCAAGAUGGCUUUCCUUUGUCUCAAUGUUCUGAAUGUUUUUGUUUUUAACAAUGAUUUCUGCGUUUAGCACAUUGUACUUGAAAUUACCUCGGUUUCUUGUGACCUCAUGAGCUUAUUUGUUUUUUUGCUUUUUGGGGGGAUGUGUUUUGGGUUGAUUGUUGAAAAGGCUGCAUUGAGGAGCUAGAGGAGAGAGCGUUCGGAUGAAGCGCCCAAAGUGCCGCAGAGCAGCCGCAAAAGCGCCGUCGACUCUGGUUCCUGUGUCAGCCUUAUUAUUUUUUUUAUGCAUUAUUGUUACCAAAAUUGGUAUUUUGUUUUUAAUGACCCGCUUGCUGUAAACGGGGUCGUAUUAUCCUGAAAGCUACCUCUUUUGUGGUUUUUUCUGUUUUUGUUUCAGUUACAAAGCACAUAUUGCAAUAUUUGUGUUCUUGUUUUUCUUUUUUUGUGAUGUUCAUUUCAAUCUUCAUCUCAUGCUUUAUAUUUGCAAAUGUAUAUUUUAUUUUGUAAUUUAGCUGCAUUUAUAUAUGGGGGAAAAGUUUUUAGGGAAGCAUUGUGUAGAUGGGAGAAAAGGGAAACGGGGGUGUUUGUGUACUGCUCUCUUCCCCCCCCCCCUCCCCUGUCUCCAUCCUCCCAAAACUGUCUCAACUACUGACAGAUAUUGAAGGCCUUAAAUUGUGGGAGUGGAAAGGGAGCCCACUUCGUUGUAACAGUUCAGAGAGUUGAAACAGUUUCUUCAAAAUUAGUGAUUUGGGAAAGGAAUUUAAAAAAAAAGUUGACCUUAAAUAUGUGAAUAGUUUAAGUAGAGCUUUGUUUAUAAUGUGAAAAGCAAAUGAUGGCAUCUCUCAAAGUGGAUGGUGUUAAAUCAAAAUAUGCAGUAAAUUGACCAAUGUCAUAUGUUUGCCAGAGAUGGCCACUGGCUUCUCUCUGUGCAUUCUCGACCCCCCCCCCCCCCCCCAAGCCCUUCCGUCUCCUCUUUCACUCACUGCUCACCAAGCUGGAAAAUGUUGGAUGGAUAAAUUAUUUGCAAAGUGUAAUAUUUUUGUAACGUUUGUUAGUCCUUUUGUGUCAGUUUUUGGCAAGAUGUGCCCCCCCUUCCUUUUGUAAUGUGAACAGGAACUGGUGUGGGCAUCCGCGUGAGUGUGUGUGGGAGCGAGUGGGGGUGACCUAGUAUUAAAUAAAUCAUGCAGUAUUGUUAUUGUCCAGUGUUGCCACAUAGGAUGGUACUGAAUCAGGGUGAAAUCGCAGCUUCCAAAGCACACUUGGUGAAACGCAUUUGACUGAACCUUCCGGUUGACAAUUGUGGGUCUUCUCACAUCUAAGAGUUAGAUUGGAGGUCAUGGGAAGGCUCUUGUUGCGAUUGUGGAGUUGUGUGUCCGUACUGCGACCAUCGUUCCUGUGUCUGAUGGGUCUGUGGGAAGAUGCAAUUUUCCUGUGCAUUUUGUUUCUUUUCCUGUUCCUUUUCUAUUUUCUUUUGGCAAGAAUGUCUGCUCCUGCCAUGGGGUGAAUGUUGAUGGAAGGUGAGUGAAAUUGUUUUUUGAACUGCAGAGAACAAAGUUAAUUCCAGAAGAGGAAGUGACUGGUUGGACAUGGUGGCCAGGAUUGCAUGCACUGGGUUCGAAUUCAAGGGGAAUGCUUCCCUCCCCCCCAUUUCAAAAGACAGUCAGUUUUAUGAGGCCAACCUUUUGGGUUGAUGUCUUACUUGGCAUCACUGGACACAUGAGUAACUCCCACUUUUAGCCACUAGUACUGCUUAUGGUACUGAGUUACAAAUGCCUUACAUAUUUGCAGAGUUUUAAUUCAAAUUUUGCCUGCCCACCAAUUCAGAAACCAGGCUUGCCUACCUUAUCCACCUUUUAUGUUCUGCACAGAAUCCCUUUGCAAGUAUAUAUCUAUUGCUGGCUGUCUGUGCUUGCUGCUUUGGGAAUAAACUUUGGAAAUGAAAGCAUUAAGAAUUAUUGUAUACAUAUGUGUGUGAGUGUGUGCUGGUGUGUGUCUGUGUGAGGGAAAUGUAACUCUUUGCUGCUUUGUGGUUGGAAGUGAGGCAGGCCUUGACCGAGUGCCGUCCUCCGUACAGCUUUUGAGAAAUGGCUUGGUUGCUUUUUGUGCCUAAAACAGGUGUGUGUUUUUUUCCACAUUGAAAAGAGGGAAAAUGCUGCAACGUCUCACUGUUGUUUGGGUUGGAGUUUCCUAGCUAAGGGAUGUCAUGGUAUACUAUAAGACAAUGAACUGCACCAGGGGACAUUUUUGUCCCCUCUGUUCUCCCCAGUUCCAAACUCCUAGCUUCCUAUCAAUUUCUAACCUUGCAUGCCUGAAAGUUUAUCCUUUGUGCAGAACUCCUGCAGGUUAAAAAGGAAGAGGAGGAGCUUGCUAAGUUGUUGAGAGUUUUGUCAAGCGACUGGUAGUCAGAUGAGUGUCCCAUUCAUUUUCACUCCACUUGUUAAUCUGCCAUAUCUGCUCCCAGUCAUACCCCCUCCCCUCCCAAACCUCCUGUUGUGUUUUGCUGUGUGUUUUGCUCAGUUGCUUAUCAGCACAAGGGAGGCCUGUGUAUAUGGGAGGGAAGACUCUAGGAAACUUCUCUGGGCCCAUAACCUACUGCAUCAUAAACAUAUGCUCACCAGCUACCAUGACAUCCUUCGGCACUCGGGUGCCAGUUUCUUGGCGUGCAUCUUAGUGUAUGUUCUGCCUAGUGUUGAUGUGUGCAUGAUCUUUGGAGACUAAGAAGCCAGGGUAGGUCUCCAUGGUGUUUAUGUUAAUGUCUAUUAUAGCACUGAGGACCAAGUUUGUCCUUUUGGACCAAGCAAAAUGUAAAGCUUCUUCUUAAUAUUUUUUUUCCGCUUGUCUCUUGACGUUGUGACAGCACAAGUGCCCGUGUGAUUGCUUCGUAUUACACAGAAAGAGUGUUUUGAAUUGCUGUCCUGGCUCUGUCUACCUCAGCACCUCCUCUUAGCCUAAUUUUAGAAGGUGCCCAAUCUAUAUAUUUUUGUUCAUUGUGGGUUUUAUUCCCAGAUUCUUGGUUAUGUAUUUUUUUUCCUGUACAAAGUUUUCUUCCGUUUGUUUCUUUGCAGUACCGCUUGUGAGUCCCUGUUAUGUGUUAAUCUAGAAUCACAGGUGCAGUUAGCUAAAAAAGAAAAAAAGAAAAAUCCACGUGACAUAAUUCAAAUCUCCCCCACCCCUAUCCUGAGGAACGUUGUGCCGUCUUCUCCUAGUUGCUGUUCUCCACCUUUGCGUCUGUUCUGUGUAGGGGGCAGGUGCGGCUCUUUGUAAAACUUCAGUGUUUCUGGCAGAGGGAAAAAAGAGAAAAUGGUUAAAAAAAAGAAUUUGCUGCAAGUUUUUUUUCUCUCCAUUUGUCACUAAGUGAAGUUUGUGCCUUCUAUAGCAAAGAGAAUAUUUUUUACAUCCUACUAACGGUAGAUUUUUUUGUAGUGGACAUUUUUUGUAUUUUUAUUUAUAAGUCUCAUAAGGAAAAUAGCAAAUGUUCAGUUGUAUACCUUGAAUCUGCAGUUAGAAAAAAAAAGAAAUAAUAAAGUUAAUUCAGUCGUU